AUGGCAACAGUGAUUAAACGUGGUACAACUAUUCCAUCACGACAGGCACAAACAUUUACAACCUAUUCAGAUAAUCAACCUGGUGUUGCUAUUAAAGUUUUUGAAGGUGAACGUAAAAUGACUAUAGAUAAUCAUUUACUUGGAAAUUUUGAAAUGACUGGCAUUUCACUUGCACCACGUGGUGUGCCACAAAUUGAAGUUACAUUUGAUAUUGGAUUUGAUGGUAUAUUAAAUGUAUCUGCUGUGGAAAAAUCAACUGGUCGAGAGAAAAAAAUCGAAAUUCGAAAUGAUCAAAAUCGAUUAUCACAAGAACAAAUUCAAAGUAUGCUUAGCGAUGCUGAAAAAUAUAAGCAACAAGAUGAAUUACAACAUGGACGUAUAGUGGCAAAAAAUGCACUUGAAUCAUAUUGUUUUAAUAUGAAAUCAAGUAUUCAGGAUGAUAAAAUUUCAUCGAAACUUUCAAUGGAUGAUAAAACAAAAAUAAAUCAAACAAUUGAAUCGGCAUUGAAAUGGAUAGAAUUAAAUCAAUUGGCUGAAAAAGAUGAAUUUGAACAUAAAAUGAAAGAAAUCGAAAACAUUUGUUCACCCAUUAUGACUAAAAUUCAUAAUAAAGAUACACCGGCGGAUCAUAGUACACCGACAUCAAAUGGUAAUGGUCCAACAAUUGAAGAACUUGAUUAA